AUGCAUCAUACCAUUGUUAGCUACCACCGUACCGGCCGCGCUCGCGCAUUUGUUCACCGCGAUCCAUCUCUGCAGUUGAUGCGUGCGGGCAGCGGCUACCGAAAUCUCAAACGGAUGGGCAUGCCUGCGCAAGUCGGCUUAGGAUUUCGAAAAGUAGACAACUUCUAUGCGAAUACGCAAUACCAGCAUGCAUGGCCACUGCUCUCACAUGACGACAUGGGGAACAGCGAUCAGUCGAAUAACACAACUAACAUCUUGUAUUCUAUGUACAUGCCGAAGCGAAAUAAGGGCACAGCGCCAUGGUUUCGUGGGGCCGAUACGUAUUCCGUCAAGUACUGUGAGCAAGGUCGCUACGAGUAUCAGCGCUAUCUCAUGAUUAAUCGCUUCCCAAGUGAAUACAAGAAGCAUUUCCUGCGGUUUUUGACGAACAUUCGUGCGGGAGGGAAAUCCGACGCGGUUCUACCACAGGAAACCCUGCACUGGCUGUUGCGUAUGAUUGUCGACAACUUCAACCCGCAACAUGUGCAUUACAUUGCUGCGAUGCGGACGCUCUUAGACGCGAACGAGAUUGACAUGGCGCGUGAUGUUUGGAAGAUAAUGGAGCGGCAGCAGACGUGGCCGGAUACCGCCACGUUGUGCGCUUAUCUAGACGUUUGCGUUGCGUCUGGCGAGAAGACCUGGGCGAUCGAGGCGUGGAAUCGCUACGCUACGGAGCUGAAGUUCCUGAGUGAGGGUGAGGUUGACCCCAAGCCGAUCACCCGCGUUCCCUUCUCCCUCACGCGUGAGGAACUGUUGUACCUGCCAAAAUGGAAGAAGCAUUUCGACCACGACCCUAACCUCGACGUGCCGGAUUUAAACCGCUUCAAUCGCACGCGGGAGGUGUAUUUACGGAUGAGUUUAGCCAUGCUUGCGGGCGGGGAUCGCGGCCUUUCGGAGUACUUUUUCCACAAGCUCGAGGAGGCGAUGUUGACGACGCCGACGCCGGUGCCGGAGCCACCCAACCCGCAUCUCGUUCGCCAACCACGGUGGUCACCGUAUGAACAUCUGCCCUCCGUGCACGUUUCGCCAUGGCGGGUGCAAAAUAACGGCCGUGUGAUGGCGAUGGGGCCCGAAAAGGCGGAGGAAGACGAAAUGCAAUGCCGUUUCUUCACCAACGAGCAAUUCUUGGUGCACGCGACGAAGGAGCUCAUCGCGGUUGCCGUGCAACGAUAUCAGCUACAGCACCCAGAGGCCUGCGGUCCAUGGGUGAUAACCAAAGAGUUUUUCGAGCCCGCAUCCACCGCGGAGGAGGUUUUAACCUAUUGCGAUGCCCUUGUUGAGCGUCUUUUCGACAAGCUGGGCGAUCGGCUGCAUAAUCUGGAGACCUCUUCUUUGCUCUCCAAUAUCUUGGGUGUCCACCGCAUCGUCGGGAAGGAGGGUGGCCGACAGCUCCACGAGCGAGCGAACGCUUUUCUUACUCGAAAGGCUGCCCUGAUCUCGACGCCAGCUAUGAACCCUGAGAAUGUAGAAAAGAACGAUGAAUCAAGCGUUGGCAGGGCUAAUACCGUCAAGGAAUCUAUCACAGCACCGAACUACCUACAAAUUCUCUCAGGCUUUGCAGAUGAAAGUAGUUUUGUUGUGGAAGGUAAAGGACAUGCACAGACGCACACGUACCGCCCUGGGUUUGAUCCGCGCGCUAUGAUGAGAGAUCUUUUGCGGGUGAUUGAGGAAAUCAGCACAAACCUGCACGUUCCAUGGUCGUCGGAUAUGCAUCUGCAGGUCGUUCGAACAAUGGUUGGCUGUGGUACAAUGAAGGCGAACGACUACUUUGUGAAAAAUGUUCUUCGCCAGUUCGGAUGGAAAAGCGAGUUUCUAGAAGCGCUUUAUAUUGAGUAUCGACGGCACGAGGAUGUAGAUACUUGGGCUGAACUGACUAAACGAGCUUUGGUUUGGACCGCCCGCUACGAUGUGAAGGUUUCCGAACGACUGAAGCGUUUGAUCGAGGAUGACUACGAUGUGAUUGAGGUUCAAACGCGCACCUUCCGCGAGUUAGCGGUCUUCCAGUUCCGCGACGUCGAGGAGAAGCGUCAGGCGCGGAACGUCGUCAAUGAGCUUCCAAAUCCGUGGAUCGAUUACGUCGCCCAUGCGUUGCCCUUUCCAGAUCGUGAUGCGGGUUAUCCAGACGAGUAUGGUGAUAUCGGCCAAUGGCGCGCCCCAGGCGGCCCUGGAUCUCCGGUGAAGGGCCCCGGCUUCUACGCACCCCCCAUGGAGGGCGAGCACCACCGUGGCUACACUGCGGAAUGGCGAGAUUUGAAAAAUCCAAUGCGUCCUCCACCCUUUCCGAACCCGUGGGAACGCAAAUACGCGCAAUAUGCACGAGGCCAGCAUCCCUCUUAUGAUAUGGUUUACGCCGGACCCAUGCCGACGAUAUUUCCCGAUCGGCAUAACUUCCGAAAACCUACCCGAUGGGAUUUCCACGACGUCGAGAAACAAGGAAAGUACAAGAUUAGUGGACCAUACUAA